CUGAAUGCUAAAGGCUCAAUGGUGAACACAACGCUCGUGCUCACGAGGCACUCACAGAUGAUCAAACAGGGCCUGCCACCUAAGAGGCAUUUCGGUAUUCACUGGGAGGGUGGAUGGGUAUUUAGAUGGAUGGAUUGCCUCAAGGCCCUGUAUGCCUUGCUCUUCUGCAUACCUGAUGCCCUGCUGACCUAUUCUCCUGUCUCCUCAUUCUUAAUUGCCCUUUUGCUGUUCCUUGAAUCCAUUAAACUGCUCCUGCCUUAGGGCCUUUGCACUUGCUGUUGACGAUGCUCUUCUAGACAUUUACAUGAAUUGCUCCCUUAUUUCUCUGAGGUCUCUGUGUUCAAUGCCACCCUAUCAGAGAGGCUUUCCUUAACUACACCAUGUGAGCUAGCACCCCCCUCCCACCACCCCAUAUCACUUUCUAUAUUCUUAUCUGGCUUUAUAUUUAUCCAUAUAAUUUGUUACUUAAUGUAAGGUGGUUCACUCGACUGAGGGGGAGAGAGAGAGCCCUAAAAUCCAGCUUACCCCUGUUCCCAAAACUGUAUCCCUUAGUAGGGGCCUAAGUCUGACUGAAGGAAGAGGCUUUUUCCUAAUUCACAUAAGCUGCUGCCUAUUCCCUAAAGCAUGUGCCUUUUUCUAACUUGCAGAUAUGUUUUGUAUUAGCCCCAUGUUUUUCUUCAUCUAGUAGAAUAAAAGCUCCAGGAGAACAGAAUCUUAGUCUAUUUGCUCACUAUUGCUUCCCGUAUGUUUAGAACAGUAUCAGGCCCAUAGUAGGUAUUCAAUAGGUAUUUGCGGGUAGAUGAACAGAUGCAUGGGGUGUGAGAAACUCACAAGUAAGCAGAGUGCCAAUAUAGUUGUGAAUGUCAUGAGAUUGUGGAGAGGAUACUGUGGGAGCUCAGAAAUAAAGCAUCUAGCUGUGGGAGGAAGUCGUUAAGAUAUGCCCACCAGUGUGACCCUUGAGCUGGACUUGGGCAAUCGGAGGCUCCUCACCCCGUACUUGGUGCUUUGGAAUGUGUGCUCCGCUUGCCUUCCCUGCUCCCAGAAGCUGCUCCAAGGAUACAGCCUUGAGAUAGAAAUGUGGUGAUAAGACUAUCUGAACUGGGUAAGUGACUAAACCCUGUUAAGGCCUCCUGUGUGUGUUACUGAAACCAGGUAAGACCUCUACAUAAACUUUCAACAUUUGGUGCGUGGGUGUAGAAAUCUACUCAUCUCGCAGUUGCCCAAAACAAGCCUCAAAAGUUCCCUUGCUUAUUAAAUGUGCCACCUACCAACCUGGAGUGGUCUGCCUUUUUCUGUGGUCUCUCCUACCCUCCAAGUAUGGGGUCAGUUUCAGAUUACACCCAGGAAACCUCAAAAGGAGGUUGCGACCCAACACAAAACGUGUCUUGAGAGGCUAGAAAUUGUUUUAAGAAAUAACACAGCCUUAAGAGAAAGUUUAUUGGGAUUUUCAUAUUUGCUUUGGGUUUGGAAGAGUCUGGAAGUAACCCCCACGCAUACUUCCUCUGUGAUUUCCACAACAGCAAUGUCUGCCUCUUCUUCAGGAUUAAGGGAGGGAGUAAGUGAACAUGCUACAAAAACGCUGUCUACCCAGAUUGCUAGCAUUCUGUUCCAGAGUCGGUGAAUAUACUUAAAGCACAUUUACUAUAACUAAGGUUUACAUUUGGGGACAGGGUGAAGAUGGCAAGGAAAGAAACAAUAUCACAGAGGUUUGACACUCCAGGAGUCUUUGAAGUUCUUUUAAUUUGCUUUCUAAUUUUUACAUAUGAGGACAACAUACUUCUGGUCAGAGCUAAUUAAAUGGAAGUGGAAUCAGAACAUCGCUUUAGGACUGGGAAUUCCAUGCCUGUCUUGGUACCACACUUCCCUUCACAGUGACAGGCAAAGCAAGUGUUCAGGAAAGAGAAGCUCCAUUUAAUACACUUAGAAACAGCCUCAUAGCCAUUUCUCAGAAUGAUAGAACAUUAAAACUGUUCAAUUUGAUGAAGAUCAACUGAACAAGGGGUUAGGGAAAUAAGUGUUAGAGAAUGGAAAACUAUUCUUCCCUUUUUGUCACCAUAUGUGUAAAUUAUUGUUCACAGUGUCACAAAAAUCUACAGUUUACCCUCACAGAAUCUUGGACCUGGGGAAGGUUUUAGCAUGCAAGUGGUACAAAUACUGUCAUUUUACAGGCAAGAAAAUUGGGACCCAUGGGCUGGAACUUGCCCCAGGCAACCGAGUCAAACCAGAACAUUGUUCCAUGCUGAGAAUUCUCUUUGGAAACAGAGAAUAAAGGGCGUGGGCCCUUUCUAAAAUUUUGGCUCAGGAACUUGAGGGUACAGAUUUAAACUUUAAUAGGCCAUUCGAGUUUUACUUAAAAUAUAUUUAAGCAACUCAUUGAAAUAGCUCCUCCAACCUAACUACGAAAAGGCUAGAUAUCUUGGCAGUCUCGGAUCAAUAGCAAUUAAACUUCAACCUUAGAGCUGUAAAGAACAAACACCAAAUGUAAACAUAACCUUUCAAGUUCCUAGUAAAUAUUUUCCUUCUUUCUCAUCAGAGCCUGCUCUUUUUUGAAAAUGGGUGAUACAUACCAGCCCCAACUUCACUUGUCAUGUGCCCCUACCCCAAUUCAUGGUAGUGUUCAGGAUAACACCCUUAAACACUAGGCUGAUGGAGCCGGCGCUGUUCGUUUGAGUAUUGACUAGAAUUACCCCUGCACCUGUUAGAUCUGAGUUAUUGUUACCACUGGGUGUGUUUAGGGCCAGUGAAGAGGGAUUGUGUAAGAACCCACGGCUGCAUAACUUGUGGCUAUGUGGUGUUUGCCCAGUGUGACCUCUCCCCUCUAAAAUAGUUCCUGAACCAUUAGCAGAACUAGUGGUUGGUCCAUUUUUUUAAGUUAUUAACUUCUUACAUUCCCCUUUCCUAACUAUGCAUAGCUCAAACUUUACCGGGAGAGGCAACUCAGACGGUGCCAACAUUGUCAACAGUCUGGGCAUUUCCUCCCGGGUCCGGAGAGCCAGAAUGCCCGGGAGAACUUUGCGGAGGGGGUGCACGGUGCGCAGAGGGGCGCGCGGGCGCCGCAGGAUGUCGCAGGACACAGUCCAACAGGUCGCAGCUUUAAAUAGAGUCGUGGAGUCCGGCGCUCCUUUCCAUCCUUAGGUGGAUUUACCUCCGCUUCCUGCGUCUUAUCUGAGAAGUAAAAUCCCUUUGAGAAAAAGAAUAGUAGACGACUCAGGCGCAGCAGAAAGAAAUUGGGAGCCAAGCCUGAGUUCGCGUGCUUCCUGCUUGCGAGGACCGGAGAGCCGAGGGUGCGCUGGGCCGGCGCCGCCUGAGAUUCUACGGGUCCGAAAGUACCCCGCGUCGCCAUGGCUACAGGCGCCGACGCUUCUGGCUCAGCUCUCAGCGUUCCGUCUCCAUGGCAACCUCUUUGUCUCCUAAGCCGGAACAUCUGUGGCCGGCGGGAGGGGCAGGCGUCGUAGAGCGUCUCCUUCCGCAAAGCGCCCUUGAACGAGGUCCGCCCAAACCUGGACGCUGACGUCGCGGCAGCAAGCCGAGCUGCCAGGCCCAGGGAGCUAGGAGGCCGGUUCGGGGGCGUGGCUUCCUCCGCCCUCCGCCAGGCACUCAGCGCCACGCUCGCCAGGUUACCCCCGCACCCGCCAGAGUCUUCUGCCUGGAGUCUCUGCGGCGGUACCCGCAGGAAAGGAGGCUUGGGGGACCACGGAGUAUGCUCGGGAUAUGGCGAAGAAGACACCAGCUAGUCCCAUCCGAAUCCCUACUGUCAGUAGUGAUAUUGACUGGGACUACUGCUUCCUUGAGUCACAGCAAACCAAGAUCCCAGCACAGCAGCCGACAGAGGAGUCGUAUCCCACUAGCGGGUCUGAGGAGAGCGAAGACGACACUAAACCCAAGGAGAAGGCCACAGACUGCAUGUCUCUUCCCUGGGAGAAAUUAGCCCAGUCACAGGAGAAAAUAGCUCAGCUGAUUAAGGAGAAAAUGAAUACCCAGGCAAACAAGGAGCUGAUUCGCUGUGUCAUCCUUUCUCAGAUUACUUUUGGGGAAGAACACUGGAAAUGUGCACAGGCUUUGGCCAGCCUGGCUUAUGGCUACCUGACACUCAGAGGUCUCCCAGCUCAGGCCAAGAAGCAUGCUGAAUCUGCCAAGAACACACUGCUGACCUGGAAGAGAAAGACGUCCUCAGACAAGGAGAGAAAGGGAAUCCUGGAAGCUCUGGUCAUGCUCUACUAUACUCUGGGGGUGGCCUGUCUCCUGCAAAACCGUGGCAGAGAAGCUUAUCUCAACCUGCAGAAGGCAGAGAGGAACAUGGAGGAGCUGAAAGAAUUACACAAGGGAGGAGUUUGUGGAUUACAAGUCUCAGAGAAAGACCUAACAAUUGCUUUGGGCAGAGCCUCCUUGGCCAUCCAGAGGUUGAAUCUAGCUCUGGCAUACUUUGAAAAGGCAAUCAACAGCAUCAUUGCUGCCAAGGGUGCUGGAACGUCGGAUCUGGUCCCUCUAUACACAGAAGUUGCUCAGAUUGAGCAGCUGAGGAGAAACCACCACCAGGCCAUCCAGUACUUGCAGCAGGCCCAUUCUAUCUGUGUUUCUUUGUUCACUGAAGUCAGCCCCCAAACUGCAGAGGCAAGCGCAUUACUAGCCAAGGCUUAUGCCAUGUCUGGAGAGGCCCAACAUAUAGAUGUUGCUGAGAUGUAUUUUAUAAAAAGUAUCAGUGCAUACCAAACAACAUUGGGCCCAGAGAAUUGUGAAACACUGAUGACCAUUGGAGAAUUUUACAAAUGGCUUAUCCAUAAAGGGGAAAAAGAGGAGGCACACAGACUGCUCAAGGCCUCAUUGCAAUCUCGGAUCAUCAGCUAUGGUAACUACAGUGAGAAAGUGGCUGAAACGUUUUAUAACAUGGGCAGGAUCAGUUUUGCCAAAGGAGACUUCAGACAGGCAAUUCAUCUGCUAAGGAAGUGUCUGAUGAUUCAAAUCCUUUUAUAUGGAAGUGAGCACAGUAAAAGCCGAGACACUAAAAACAUCCUUACCCUAGUGCAGAGGUCUCUUGUUAUCAGUAAAGAGAAAACCUCUAUACAAGUUAGCCACAAUAAAGCCAACCUUGCUGAUAAUGAAUCUUUUGGACCACAAAAUAUCUUUAUCGACACUGACAGCAGGGGCAGAUCAAAAGCAGAACUAAAGACUCGAGGGAAAAAGGGGCCACUUAGCAGCAGCAUUACAGGCAAACUUGAUAAUAUUCCAGAGAUAGGAUCCUCUUAUCCAGUCAUCAACAAGCAACAAGAAAUCCUUGGACAAAAUGGCAGGAAGCAAGGCCAUUUAGGCGUCAAGCCUCAGGCACCAACCCUAAUGGUACAGGCUACAGGCCUCACUAGAGAUACCUUUCUCAUGCAAGGAUAG